AUUAACCCCAGUUAUAGGAAUGGUUAUUCUGAUGUUAGCCACCCUAUAUACAAAUGUCGGGGAAGGACCUUUUUGGGCAGAAACCUCCAGGGUUUCCAAUUCUUGUAGAGACAAUUGGUGGACCUUUUUUCUCUACAUCGAGAAUUACAUUCCUGCGGAAAGUUGUAUCCCACAAGGUUGGUAUCUAGGAGUUGAUAUGCAAUGUUAUAUCGUAGCAGUCAUAAUUAUGGUGUUUUUGAAGAAGUGGAGCAAAAUGACGCUGAUUGGUAUGGGAGUAUUGAUUUUACUCAGUACCGUGGUUUCAUUUUGGAACUGCUACAUUAAUAGGUGGGCAGUUGUAAGGGUUCAUUUCACGGCCAAAGCAGAUGACUAUAACUUUCAUUACUAUAUCAAAACAUAUACAAGAUGUGGCCCUUAUCUCAUUGGAAUGAUAUGCGGAUAUAUAAUUUAUAACCUUAAGACAAGUCCAAGAAAAUAUCAGCUAACAAUGGGUAAGAAAUUUCUCUACUGGAUGAUGUGCCUCACACUCCUAGCCACAUGUAUUUACUUGCCCUUGAGUUUGACUGACGAUGACGAUUCCAUUUGGCAAAACGCUCUCUUUAUUCCCGUCCACAGACUGGUAUGGUCAGCAUGUGUUUGCUCCAUCGUUUUGAUGUGUGUCACGGAUAAUGCAGAUUUUGUGAAUAGCUUUCUGUCAAUGCCGAUUUUCCAAGUGGUAGCCAGAUUAUCCUACUGUGCAUACAUCGUUCAUAACUUUUGGAUUUUAGCAAAAGUAAUAUCCUUGAAAACCGUGGUGAAUUACUAUGUACACCAAGUGGUGGUCGACAGUUGGGGAACCACCGCAGUGUCACUACUGCUAUCGUUCAUUCUGAGUCUGAUGUUUGAAAUGCCCGCCCCAGAAAUUGAAAAAUAUUGCAUCAAAUUCGUGAAAAAGAUUUUCGCUGUAUUGUCUUCAGCGAUGGGUAUCAAAUCAAAAGCGUCAAAUACCCUUUAGAGAAACAAUUCUGUUUAUGAGUUCCAAAUUAUAUAGUGUUGAUUUGAAUAAAUUAAUUAUUUUGAA